UCUUAGUCUUCAGUCUUUCUCUUCCACAAUCUCUCUCUCUCUCUCUCUCUCUCUCCUCUCUCCUCUCUCUCUCUCUCUCCAUAUUAAACUUCCACGGAUCGACAAAGUUCAAAAGUCAUCACAAACCCUCUCCUUCCUCUCUCCACCGUUUCGUCCUGGGUACCGAAACGCGCACCUCAUUCAACGGGAGAUCACAUCCAAAAAGGAAAAACCAUCAAACCCCAUUACCCGUCUAUCAUUGCAGCUCGAAACGUUUCUAAUUACACACCGUUUUCAUUUCCAGCGCUUCGAUUCUGCAAAACAAUUUGAAUGCCGUUUCUUUAUUUUCAGAUCGAGGAAAGACGUUUCGUUGUGUUUUCCAUGUUGUGGCUUUGAAUCGUAGGGUUAGUGUUUGUGUGAUAUGAUGGCUAGGACCAGAUCAUCGUCCAGCAGAUUGAGGUACUGUAACCCAUCGUAUUACUUGAAGAGACCGAAACGCUUGGCUUUGCUUUUCAUAGCCUUUGUUUGCGUCACUCUGGUUGUUUGGGACCGUCAAACUCUCCUCAGAGAGCACGAGGAAGAAGUUUCUAAGUUAAAUGAACAAUUGCACCAUUUGAAAAGUUUGGUGGAAGACUCGGAAAAUGUGCAAGAGGUUGUUCCAGAUGACCCGAUUGACAUUCAAAGACGAGAAAAAGUGAAAGAAGCUAUGAUUCAUGCAUGGAGUUCAUAUGAGAAGUAUGCAUGGGGCCAAGAUGAACUUCAGCCACAAUCAAAGAAUGGUGUUAAUAGCUUUGGUGGUCUUGGAGCAACACUAGUAGACUCUCUUGAUACGUUGUAUAUAAUGGGUCUUCAUGAGGAGUUCCAGAAAGCUAGAGAGUGGGUUGCAAACUCUUUGGAUUUUAACAAGGAUUAUGAGGCUAGUGUUUUUGAGACAACCAUAAGAGUUGUAGGUGGCCUUCUCAGUGCAUAUGAUCUUUCAGAAGAUAAAGUUUUCCUUGAUAAGGCUAUAGAUAUUGCAGACAGAUUGCUGCCUGCAUGGGAUACACCUAGUGGAAUCCCUUACAACAUUAUCAACUUGGCACAUGGAAGACCGCACAAUCCUUCUUGGACUGGAGGUCAAAGUAUCUUGGCAGAUUCCGGCACAGAGCAGGUGGAGUUUAUUGCUCUUUCUCAGAGGACAGGAGACCCAAAAUAUCAGCAGAAGGCUGAGAAUGUUGUAGUGCAGCUUAACAAAACUUUCCCUGAUGAUGGCUUGCUUCCUAUUUAUAUUGACCCUGAAAGAGGAACGUCAGCGUACUCCGUUAUAACCUUUGGCGCUAUGGGUGACAGCUUCUAUGAAUAUUUACUCAAAGUUUGGAUACAGGGGAAUAGAACUACAGCUGUAAAGCCUUAUAGAGAUAUGUGGGAGAAAUCAAUGAAAGGUCUGUUGAGCUUGAUCCGGAAAACAACACCAUCAUCUUUUACAUAUAUAUGCGAGAAGAAUGGGAGAACUCUGACAAAUAAGAUGGACGAACUAGCGUGCUUUGCUCCAGGAAUGCUGGCUUUAGGAUCAUCUGGUUAUGGUCCUGACGACUCUAAGAAAUUCUUGUCACUUGCAGAAGAGCUUGCUUGGACAUGCUAUAAUUUCUACCAGUCUACACCAACAAAAUUAGCUGGAGAGAACUAUUUCUUUCGUGCUGGCGAGGACUUGAGUGUGGGUACGUCAUGGAAUAUAUUGAGACCAGAGACAAUUGAAUCACUUUUUUACCUCUGGCGUUUGACUGGCAACAAGACAUACCAAGAGUGGGGCUGGAAUAUAUUUCAAGCAUUUGAAAAGAACUCCCGCAUAGAGUCAGGAUAUGUUGGACUGAAAGAUGUUAACACUGGUGACAAAGACAAUAUGAUGCAAAGCUUCUUUCUUGCGGAGACUCUCAAAUAUCUCUAUCUUCUUUUUUCACCCUCCUCAGUCAUCUCACUUGAUGAAUGGGUUUUCAACACGGAAGCUCACCCACUAAGAAUUGUGGCAAGGCAUAAUGAAGCAAAUUCUGGAAGAGCAAAUGGGGAUGAUAGACCAAAGAUUAGAUUGCGUGGCAGGAAGGAGGGCCGAUCAUGAGAUUAAUAGGAUUUAUUUUCUGUUCGUUAUUUUGUAAUUCUAGGGUCCAAGUAGAUGAAGGGCCAAAUAGUAAAAUACAUUAGUCCUUGAAAUUUAAUGUCAGCUUUUGUAUGAGGAAACUAUGCGGCUUUACAAAUUUCACCUGUUGGUGGAAGUUGUAUUCUAUGGUGAGACAUGCGUGCUCUUCUUUCACAGUGAUGGAUUUGUAACAUAGCACAUACAGAUUAUUUGUCAGUCGUCACCUCUCUCUCAUAGGAAAAUGAAUAUUUCCUCUUAGCCAUUUGGGAAUGGAAGAACCUUUGUAAUUUCAUGGAGGAAUGUUUUGUUUUUUAUU